UGAUAAUAUAUAAUAAAUUUAGGAUUAACUAUGAUAGGUAAAGAAUCGUUGAAUAUAUUCAUUAAGUAAUUAAAUAUAUAUAUAUUUAUUAAUAUCAUAUAAUAUGAUUAAUGAUUUGGAUAUCAACUUUUGCCCACUUUCUCCUUUAGAAUUUCAUACAAAUUAACAGCAGAUAAUUUCUGAAUAAUUCUUAGAAUAUGAGAAUCGUUCUAAAAAAUGUAGAGUUAGUUCCUAAUGUUUACUAAUAAAAAAAAAAAUUAGACAAAAGAAAUCUAGACCAUCUGUCCUUCGAAUAGAAGAAGUAGUUAGAAAUGUGAAGUUGUACAAUACUUGUUCGAGCCAACAGAAUCUAGAGAAUCUGGAAAUUAUUUAAAAUAAACCUCUUGUGAAAUCUAGUUGAAAAGAUUUAGCUGACUUGAUUUAUAUUAAUACAUACUUGUAAAAGUUUGAACUAUAUAAA